UUUAUAUCGGCACCAUAGCAACAUAAGUAAACUAUACACUUUGUUUUGUGUGUGCGGCGGCUUCGUGUAAAGAUCGCCAUCGCCAGGCACCUGUUUCUUCUCAUUUUUUAAAACUUGAAGCAUCAUUUAUCUAUUGAAAUGGCGCUGCCAUUUUUACCUGGAAACUCAUUUAAUAAAAGUGUGAGUGUAAAUAAAUUUAAUGCGUAGAAAAUUUUUAAUUUAUGUUACUUUUUUGUGUGCUGUGCGAGUGUGAAUAAUGUUGUAUUAAACGUACAACUUAAACUUAAGCUUAAUAAUAUAAUUUGGACUAAUAAAUCGUUUUAUGCUUAUACCUAUACAAGUUAUAGCCUACUGUUAAUAUAAAACAGUGAGGUGUGUGAGUGUUGACUAGUUUAUUACUACUAUUUGGACAGAAAACCAAUUAUUAAUAAUAUAAUAAAGUGAUAAAAGUCUUGUAGGCUUUAACUAACAGAAGAUUGCCAAUAUAUUAUUAAUAUGUUAAAUAUGGAAGGGUCUAUUUAUAAGACAAUCAAUGAUUAAGUAUGAGGAUUCAAUAUUUUAAAUUAUAUUACCAUCAAUUUAUAUAAUUAUAGGCUAUUGACUUGUUUUCAUUUGUUGGAAAUUCUUAUAGAUUAAUUCAUACAAUGAAUGCUACAACUAAUAAUAAUAUUCAUUUCUACUUUUUUUUUUGUAGCUUGGAAAAACAAAGUUUCACAAAUCCCACCAUUUUGACGUUGAGAAUGAGACAUCGUUGAUGGUUGGUGCUCAAAAGCCAGGAAUUGGUGGUGAACCUCUUUUGGGUCAGAAAUAUAAACCAAGAAAUACAGUGUUUCCUCGUGGAGAUGGAACCUACUUGCCAUCAUGGGUUGCUUUUGAUAGACAGGUAAUUAUAUUUCUUAAUGACAUUGCUUGCCAUUUAAAAGAGACACACAAGAAAGUAUCAAUAAAGAUUCUAAUUUAUUGUGGGAAUAUUUUUUUAAUGAAAAAUAAUAAAAACCUCUCUUAAAUGUUUACAAAAUAUUGUUAUGGUAAUUGUGCGAUAAUAAACAGUUUCCUUAGAUCUUAAUCAUCUGAGCCUAAACCAAAUAUACAUUUUAGGUUCUGUCAUUCGAUGCUUUCUACCAAGAGGCUGUACAUGAAAAAAGAGAAGAGCAAUACAGAGUUAGAAAUUGCAAGAUUUAUUUUUAUCUGGAAGAUGAUUCUAUUCAAGUCCUUGAACCCCGUCUUAAGAAUGCUGGCAUACCUCAAGGUACAAUUUUUUCUUAAAGUUUCAAUAAAAAAUGAUUUAAUUGGCAAAGUAAAGAGUUUUAGGCAUUUAAUUUUACAAUAUGAGAAUUUUACUAAUUUCAGGCACUCUGAUUCGACGUCACAGAAUACCUCGCCCACCCCCAAAUGAUGAUGAAUUCUAUACAGCAGAGGAUUUCAAUAUUGGGUCAGAAAUCUGCCUUUAUUCUAAAGUAUUUAAGAUAACAGACUGUGAUCAGUUCACACAAAACUUUUUAAGAAAAAUGGGCACAAAUGUUCAACGACCUGCCAAUCCACCUGAAGAUCCAUACAUGAACUACAGGAAAGCUGUGAGUUAAAUAUUUUUCUUAUUAAAUUUAAUAAAGCUGAUUUUUUUCAUAUUGCCAAAUUAAUUUUAAAAAAUAAUUAAAAAAUCCAGUCACAUUCUUGAGCCAAUAAAAUAUUAUAAAAAAAGAGCGAUCAUUUUUUAAAGUGCAUAUUUUUUUUAAUUAAUGAAAGACUAAAAGAAAUGUUGAUCAAAUAUUAUUAAGAUUUUUUCUUAGAUUAUUUCUUGAUUUUAAAUUUCAAUCAAAGUUUCUUAAUAUGAAAUGAAAAUUAAUUACUUAAAUUUAAAAAAAAUUGCAGCAGAAACAUUUCAUCAUUUUCCUUAAUCUUCAUUAUGGACUAGCCACCUGUAGCUUAAUUUCAGUUGCAUCAUAUUUUACAAACAAUGUUUGAAAAUGUUUGAAAAGUAUUAAUCAAACAUUUUUUAUCAAUUUUUUAUUUAUUUCUAAAUAGACAAAUAAAUCAUACUUCGUAUUAAUUGUAGUCUCAAUAAUUAAAAAUGUUAAAUAUCAAAUUAAAUUUUUUAGAUUGAUGAUGCCAUGAAUCCAUUACGUCCUUAUGAAAAGUAUGACACACUUAAACAAUUUCUGGAUCAUGAUCGCCAUGUACUUCGGUUUUACUGUCAUUGGGAUGAUUCAGAAAGUUUGUUUGGAGAUGCAAGGGAGAUGAUUCUUCACUACUACUUAGCUGAUGAUACUAUGGAGAUCAGAGAGGUAGCCACAAAGAAUUCUAUUCUUCAUUUUAAAAGGAAAAAAUAAUAGUUCCAAUUAUAAUUUUAACUUUCCAAAAACAAAACUAGAAAUAUGUUAAGCAUUAUCCAUUUUAGAUUUUCUUUUGCAAAUCAGAUAUGAAAUUUAUUUAUUUAUAAUUAGGUAAAUGAUUUUAAUGUACUGUCUCUGAACACAGAUAUUUCAAAUGAGAUGCCAUAGCAAGUAUAUAAAGUCAAAACAUAAUUUAUUUCUUAUCUUAAUUUCUUGAAACCAUGCUACAGUGAGGUAUAGAAAAUCUUUUUAUCCCUCCAAGGAAUAUGAUAUUACACAACCUUUGUGUUCACAAAAAACUAAGAAACAGUCGUUCAAAAUCUAAUUUUUAAAUUAUUUUUUUAUUGUAUUUUGGCUAAAUGUAGUCCUGAAAAGUUUUAUUCUGUCUUAUAUUUAUAUUAAGUAUAAUCUUGGUUUACAUUAAAUUAAAAUACAGUUAAAUUCAAAGCUACCUGUAUUUCUUUGUCACAAGGUCAUACCUCCCAAUUCUGGACGUGAUGCUGUGCCAGUGUUUCUGAAACGAGGAAAACUACCCAAAAAUCCUUCCAGCCUUCCCCAGCCUGGAGUUAACACAGAUAGAACUGUGUUAAAUGUGUUUGGUCCAACAGGACAUGGAAGUCGUUAUAUACUGGAUAAUCUCAAGGUUCAAAGUUUAAGAUCAAGUCAAGUAGAUUAGAAGAUAUAUGAAAGGGGGGAAUAUUUUAAAAUAAUUAAAUGAUAUUAGUAGAUUUCUUUAGAGACCAAAGAUCGGAUUAUUUCAGAAAUGAAUCAUCAAUGUUUGUUUGAUGACAGAACUAUGGUUUAACAUUGUCUACCAGAGGGUUGUCCUACCAUUUCAAUAAAAAUGUAUAGUGAGAUAUGGGAUUUAUUGUACAAUUGAUGCAGUUGCUAUAACAUAAAGAGAGGCACAGUCAGGCUCUGUGUCUGUAAAUGGCUUUGUGUCCAUAAAUUUGACUUCCAUAGUGCAUAAAAGGUGGAGAAACCCAAAACUAAUGCAACAGCACUCCAAAGUAACUCAUUCAAUGGGGCAUGCAAAUGAUUUUAUCUUGCUAGUGUGCCAAAUUACAGAUUAGCUACAUUGAAUGGUUGUAUGCUUGAGCUCUCAUUCAUGUAUUACGAACUAACUUAUGUUCUCUUUCACACAUUCAGACAGGAGCAGUGAACAAUGAAUUCUACACAGAUUGUGACCUUUCUCUUGGUUCAACUCUCAGUGUGUGGGGACGCAAGUUUGUCAUUUGCGAUUGUGACAACUUUACACGGGAGUACUACAAGACAAAAUAUGGCAUUGGUAAACAUGACAUCUUAACUCUCGUGAUUCAAUGGUGGCCGUUUAAAGGAAGGGUGACCCUGAAGUAUGCUAAAUUUAGGCAUUGACAGGAAGGCUGAAAUAAGGGUAUAAUAAAUUGAGACAAAAGAGUAGAGAAGUCAACAUUUUUCAAGUGGGUUAGAAGUGAGAGAAUUUUCAGAUAUCUGCUGAAGAACUUUUUAAAAAGAGAGGAGAAAUCUGAUUGGGGGGGGGGGGGGGGGGUGGGGGGGGUGUAGAUGAAAAUGUCAUUAUAUGUCAAAGACUGUUAACAAGUAAAAAUUUGUGAAAACAGUAAUUUUUAGUGUACUUUGAAAUAGUGGCAAAAGUUUGUUGAAAUGUAGUAAAAAUAAUAAUCUUCUAUGCUUUCGAUUACUUUCUAUUCCUGAUUUUUAAAAAAUAUACUUUUUGAUAACGACUGUAUUAAUCUGCACUAAAUAAUAACCCCUGUAUGAAAUCACGUACCGAGCUGGUGUAAACCCAUUGAUUUAGAUCUAUUGUAUAUGGUUAAUUUCUAAAUGUGAGAAUGGAGGGAAAUGUGUAGUAAAUCUGACAUUAUAUGUAUUGUGCAGAGGAUAUGACCCCUGUGACAUACAAACAAGAGAAAGUCACCCAGAUUUCAAAGCAAGCGCCACCCUUCAAUGGAUUUGGCAGUGAGGAAGAUUCCUUAUGCUCCUGCAAUAGUUUGCUACCCAAACCACCAAAGCGAGACUUCGUCAAAUUCAUGGAGCGUGACAGGUGUGGCUUGGAUAGCAAUGUUUUGAGAUUCCUCGCCCAGAUGGUGACCAAGAAACCCAUUGACCAGGGGAGACGAUUUAUCAUCUCCUACUUCCUGUCAGAUGACACAAUCUUGGUGUUUGAGCCUCCAGUUAGAAACUCUGGUAAGUACAGUACUUGAAGCCUUGGCUUUCUUUUCACUCAAUAACAUUUCUUAUAUGUUUACAGUUUUUAACAAAAUGUUUCUUAAAAUUAAAUUAAGAGUUAUUUGAGUUUCAGUUAUGUUCUGUAUUUUUCAUUGUAAUUAAACAUUUGUUUAGUUAUUUAUGAAUUAAUUUGUUUAUGUUAUUUCCUCUAACAUGUGUUGAAAUUGGGAAGAUUUUAAGGUCAUUUAUUUGUGCUGUUGAAUUAAAAUAACAAUUGCUAGUGAAGCUUCUUAAGCUCCAUUACUGAAAGCUAAUCACCCAUCCCAUAGUUUUCUAUGAGUAAAGGACUGUGUUGAAAUGUUGGAUUGGUUAAACAUUGAUGUGAUCCAUGUAUUACUGUACUUAAAAGCCAUAAUAUAAGUAGAAUUCCUUGUAGUAAAAAUAAAUAUAAACGGCUGGAUUUUAGGCAGUUCAGUAAAUUAGCAGCAGCUUAGGAGGGUCUAGCAGUCAGAAAAAGCACCUCAAUGAGUAGAACUUUAAAUUGGCUCACGACAUGGCCAUCAUUGUAUGAUUUAAAAAAAAAAUAUUUUUAAAUGUCCAGGCAUUGUAUGAUUUAAAAAAAAAAUAUUUUUAAAUGUCCAGGCAUUGCCGGGGGCCGAUUCUUAGAGAGGACUCGUGUCAAGAAACCCAACCAGAUGAGGUACAACACAGAACAGUCCGAGUACUACAGCGCCACUGAUCUGUAUGUGGGGGCUCAGGUUGAGUUCAACAACUUUAAGUUUAUCCUCACUGAUGCUGAUGAGUAUGCCUUCAAGUUCAUGGAGGACAACAGCCACGUAGUGAGUACACUCCCAUAGAGAUGAAAAUAGUUUCAUGAAAGCAAUGACUUAAUGUGAAAUAUUUCUGUGAGGGGCAGAUUGUUAUUAAACUGUGAACAUAAAAUCAUUAAGAAUAGAAUAAUUUAAUAAAGAAAAGCUUAUUUAUAAUCAGAUCACUCUGAAAUAGACCAUUUUACUCUAGUCCAUCCUAGUGGUGCUACAGCCCAUUCACGGCUUUGGCUUUCAUCACCACUUUCUUCCACUCAGACCUAACUGAUGCUUUCUUUUCCUUGCUUGGAUUCCUAGCCACUGUAAAUCUUUUUCCACAUUAUCCAUCCAUCCAAGCCUAGGUCAGCCUUUGAAUCAUUUUCCUCUGGGGUUUACGUGGUGCACACUCUACACUCCUCUGUCAUUUUCCUCUUAGAAAUACAUUUUAUUCUUGCAUCGCUUAGUGGCACACAAUAAUAAGUAAAUAGGCUCAAAAGGCUGGAAAACCUUGGGUUUCAAAGGGAAGAAGGAAAUCACUGGUCCUAAUCAACACUUAAUUCUGCAUUUUUUAAAUUCUUUUUGUUUUUAAAAAUGAACAUCACAAAAUAAAAAUUCUUACUGUUUUUGAAAAUCUCAAAACUUGAUAUUCAAUACAAACCUACAAAUGAAACUUUUUAUGCAUUUAAAAAAAAAAAAGUUGAGUCUAUAUAAUUUCCUUCUUUCACCCAAUGACGUUCCUAGAAGAAAGCUUCUUACAUUAUCAGGCACAAAAAUAAAAAUCUUUUUAAAAAAAUACCAGUACCUACUUUUUUGGAGUGAGAAACCACCAUCGUUGUCAUGAAUGUAUUUAAUUGUAAAAGCCUUUAGGAACAAAAAUCAUGUUUCAAUGUCAUCGUUUUGUUUGUUUUCAUCAGUAAUGGUAAAUAAUCAUUGCAGAAUCUGAAAUUGGGGUGAUGAAUGAUGGUCAUUAAAAAAAAAAAUUAAGUUCAACUAUAUAAAAUUGAAAUCUCACAAUGAAGGAAAAACAGCAGUAUUUACCCAUUAUUAUCUGUCUGUUUGUGUUACAGUUUGUGAAAUCCAACAUUGACGCUGUGGUGCAAAAGUUGGCAACCAGGUUGGGCACGAACAAGGAAGACGUACAAGCUUUCUUUGCCAGGACUGAUCCCGCAGGCACUGGUUACCUCCCCUAUGAGAAGUUCAGGGAAAUGGUUCUCACAGUGGAGCCUACGCUCACUGAGCAAGAGGUAGAAUUAUUAACAUCAGUGGUGCAUAAAAUCAAUGGUGCAUAACAUCAGUGGUGCAUAACAUUGUUAGGGAAUUCACCUAUCUGCUUGUUUAAAAAAAAAAAUAUAUAUAUAACACUUCAAAAAUAACUUUUAAAAACUAAAAUAAUAGUGUUAAGAAUGAUUGGCUGUUUUACACUCUUAAAAACUUGUAUGUUCAAUCAUCAUGUAUGACCGGAAAGGGGGUGUGCCUUUUUUGAUUGCACCCUUUCUAAUCAAUAAACUUUAUUCUUUUUGUGCAUCAUUUUAUAUUUUACGCUGAUGGUUUCUUUUAUGUUUAAUGUGUAAAAUUUAAGAGAUACUGAUUAGAGCAAAACUAUCAGGUUAAAACGUUGUUGUUUUUUUCCUUAGAAAUUAUUAAGCCCCCUCACCCGAUAACAAUUUAAAUAUGUGGGGAGCUCCUGUACCUUCAUUACUCUUUAUAUUCAUGUAAAUUAAUUGCUUUCACAAAAUAAAUAUAUUACUGUUAUAUAAUGCAACCUAGAGCAAAUGUGCACUUACUAUACUGUAAAACCAGGCGUGUAAUACCUGAAAUAUGAUGUCAUGUGAAAUUUCUUGGUUUUCAUAUCUAAUUUUAAUGGGCUCAUGGUGUUUUUGACUGUGUUGCUUUAGCCUCAUGACAUUUUUUAAAUCUAAUGCUAUAAAAGACUUGAAUAAAUUACUUAGCUUCCCGAAGCUUCAUAGCUCAUUGAUCAGUUAAAAAUUUGUGUUUUUCAUAACUUUCUUUUUAUUAGAUUAUGACUGUGGCAAGACAAUACAGUGACCGCCGGUCAGAUCUCAUUCUCGACACAGACAAGUUGAUAGCUAUCAUGCAAGAGGAGCUGAGAAAGAAAAACUUUGAAGACUUCAGUGUUUUGGUUGCAUCUUUCAGACAUCAAGACAAAAACUGGUAAGUUCUAUAAUACUAUACGGUACGAUAAACUGAUAAGUUCAACUUUAACUCAAAAUAACUGAUCAGCUGUAUUACACAUUAAACUGGUAAAACCCACAACGCCAUAAUCUUUUACAAAUAUUGAAUUUUCUCAAUUCAUAAAGCACACUCACAAAAAAUUUAAUCCAAUUCAAUUUUUCAGUUCAUGCUUUACAAAACCCAACUACAUUUAUUAUUUUUGUGGAUAAUUUGUUUUUGAAUGCAUCCUGAGUAAACACGAACAAACUUUACUUCAUAUUUCCAGCACUGGAUACCUUGACAGAGAAACCAUCAGGAGGGAGUUUGCUGCCCAACACAUUCCAAUACCUGAAGAUAUGCUCAGAGCUGCACUCUCAGUGUGAGUAGAGUAAGACCUGAGUAGUUAGGACUCCUGUAUAAAAAUGUGACAUUGUGACAACAGUUCAGUGGUAAAACUUUAUGUCUUGGGACAAUAAAUGAAGUAUAUGGAUGAAAUUAUCUUGAUCAUUUUGUAAAAAUACAAGGCUUGAUUACUUUCUAAAAUUAACAAAAUAUAUUUGUCACAUAAAACUACUGAAAGUUUAAUGAAAUUAUAAAGUUGAAUUCUUAAUAAAUCUUUAAAAUAUGGGCUCAAAAAAUUGAUUGUGCCAACAUUUUUGGAAAGACUAGCAACAAACAGCAUUUGUUCCCAUACAAAUCUUCUCAAGUAAAUGUCAGCAAGCCAAUUUUUAAGUUAUUUAUAUUAAAUAAUGAUGGAAAAGUUUAUUACACAACCUCCAACAUUUUAAGAAGCUUUAUAGUUAAAUUGUAAAAGAAAUAAAUCUAUUUACUAAUUUAUGUCUUUUUAAUUUGGAUUAAGUCUCAGCUAGUUUUAAAAAUAUAUUCUUAACUUUUAUUCCUCCCAUUUAUAUCCUCAAACACAAGUUUUCACAUUUUUUUUUUUUUUUAAAUCCAGGGCCAAAACAGCUGAAAACAACAAUGAAUUAGUCUUGUAUGAAGACUUCAUCAAUUCUCUUAACUGGAGGGACCACCCAGUCCUGUCAAUUCAGUAUCAGCCUGUUGUUGUAGAUGAGACCUGGUGUGGCACUAAACCACAGAACCAGAUCAGCAAUGUCAACUACAGGCCUCUGCUGCAGAGGAUCUUCGGAGACAUGCAAGAUAGGCCAGAAAUUACUCCUUAGGAAUUUUUCAAAAAUAAAACUAAAAUGGAAGCCAGAGCAUAUUUCAAGGCUUCUGCCUUGAUCUUAUUUCAAAACUACAACUUAUUUUUAAAAAACUGAAUUGGGAUUAGGUGACUUAACUUAUAUUUACUAUUGUUUACGCUGUGGUCCCAAUUUCGAAUGCAUAAAAUAUAUAUCAAGUUUCUUAAUGAAAGAAACAGAAUAAAAUAAUUAUAUGUGUGGUAUAAUGUUUUUACAAUGUAAAAAGAAAAAAUUGACAUUCGUUAACUCCAAGAUGUUCAAAAAAGUGAUUAGCAUAUGUACUAUUACUAUCAGUAUUUUUCUGAAGAUUUUAUUUUAAAAAAUUAAGAGGUUACAUAUUUAAAAAUAAUUAUGUUAAAUGAAAACACAAAAAUAACUUUGUUAUGAAAAAUCUGGCUGUGAUAAUUUUAAAAAAAAAAAAAAUUAACCCUUGUCCAAUGUCUAAUUUAUCAAUGUGUAAGUACAGUUGAGUUUCACUUUGAACAGAAUCUGAAUUUUUCAUUUUAUUUUGAAUAAAGAAAAUUUACUUGAGGAUGCAAAUUUGCCAGUAGUGGGAAUUAAUCAGCAUUCUUUGACGAUUUUUGUUUGAUUUUGUUAUAUAUAUAUAAUAUAUGUAUAUGAACAUCAUUUUAAACAAAAUUUUCCUAAAAUAAGAUUUAAAUGAUAAAUUAUGUUAAUGUCAAAGCCAAGAUUUUUUUCCUCCAAAAACACGUCAAUUUAUACAUAUUUACAAUUUAACAUUAAAUAUUUUUUAAUAAACAUUUAUAUACAUUUUAUCACCCUUUCACGUUGUGUUUAGAACAUUCUAAUUUAAAAAAUGUUUAGUAUUCUUAUUGAGUUUUUUUUUUUUUUAUAAGCUAAGAUUGUUUUCAGUUUAGUAUUUUUUCUUAUUUUAUUAAAAUUUUCUUAUUGCAUUUUUAAACAUUCUAAUUUAAAAAAUGUUUAGUAUUCUUAUUGAGUUUUUUUUUUUUUAUAAGCUAAGAUUGUUUUCAGUUUAGUAUCUUUUCUUAUAUUAUUAAAAUAUUCUUAUAGCAUUUUUAAAAAUCAGUGACAAAGAUACAAUUUAUUCACAGAACCUCUUCUUUUAAAAUGUUGUUAACAAAUAAAUUUAAAAAUAAUGAGAGGAAUAAAAUUUUUAAAAACAUUUGGCAUUGCAUUUUGAAUGUUGUUUAUAUAAUUAUAUGAAACAAAAAUCACAUUUAUUAUUAUUUAUCCUGGUAGCCCAAAAGGUCUUAAACACUAAAAACAAUAAUCAGUAAAUUGGCAAACUAGAAAGAUUUCAAGGAGAGGGACAAUUUUAAUAUGUGCUUAAUGAGUAUUCAAAAAGCAUCUGUUGUUAGUUUUCUUUUUAUGAAAUUAACAAUUAAAUCUAGAGUCUCUAAUCAUUUAUCUUAGAUCAGAGUUGGAUUCUAAAAAUAUUACACACACACCUCUUCUGAUUUCCUUGGAAAACUGAGCCAAAAUUUAUAAUUUAUUGCAAGAACACAUUUUGUUUACAGAUAGACAUUUUAUGUACUAUUAUUACUAUUAUUAUUAUUAUUGAUAGAUCAAAGAGAUUCCCAUUGAAUAGUGUGAUUAGA